AUGUUGCUUUUUGCAUCAGAGCAGGGAACACUACAGUAUCCAGCCUUUUCGACCACUGUGAUGUCGCGCUUGUGGCGGGGCAAGUUGCCCAGCAAGGAGCAGCGGGGGCAAGAGCUGAUUCACUGCUCUGAGCGGAAGGCCAGUUUGCUUGGAGAGCUCCGGGCGGAGGUCACGUACCAAGAGUCUUCACAGAUCCUCCUUCUGGGUGAGGGCAACUUCAGCUUUUGCGCAGCAGUGCAGAGAUGCUUCAAGGAUGCUGGCGGCUUGACGGCCACUUCCUAUGAGUCCAGAGAGGACAUCGUAAAGAGGUUUGGAGCAGGUGGGCGAUUGCGUGGCUUGGAACAACGGUGCCAGGUCUUCUAUUCUUUGCCUGUUGUGGAAACUCGAAAGCGUUUCCGCGCAGCUUCUUUUGAUUGCGUGGUCUUCAACUUCCCUUUAGUAGGUCGAAGUCCAGCUCCGCCAGACCACCCGGUGAUGAUGCGCCAGAUGUAUGAGGCACCACGAAUGCAAUGUUUAAAUCAUUGUAUCGCUCAUGGCAUGCCUCAAACAUUGCAGGAUUUAAGGUUUUUGCUUGCCGAGUUCUUCACCGCGUCCGCUUUCCUCCUACGAGCAGGCGGGGAAGUGCACCUGCGCUUAACAGACCAGCAUUGCACUGCGCUGUCGCGCUUGCCUUGGAAUUGGCCGCAGUUGGGUUUUGAAAAACGGUUGGACUUUCAAGAGGCCUACGAGAAGGUCUACCGCCCUUUAGGGUAUCGCCCUGGGGUGGUUUUGAAGCGCGCACCCUUUUCGGUGGCCUUCGCCAGCACGUGGGUCUUUCGGAGGCGGUGAAUCGCGGAGUCAUUGAUCCGGAAGGGCCUCGUUCCCCUUCCACCACUCGCGACCUUGUUUGCAUGGAUCACGUCCAUGGUUGAACGCUGCAAGUUUGGCGACUCUACCAGUAAGAUGUGUUUGUUUUUUUCCCUUUUUCAUCGCUGAAAUGUGCAGUGGUUGGAGCAAGGUUCACAGGGCAGAAACAGUGCUCUGUUAUAGCCAUGCAGCAAGUGCGUAGCUGAGAUGGUGGGAUGGUCAUUGUGUGUCUUCUUGGAUGUUGAUGUUUAAAUGAUAUAUUUCUUCGAUCUUGAUGCUUCCGGUGCGGCCCAGCAUGUGGUGGAAGCUGACAUGGAUGCCGACAUGGAGGGCGUGCUGUGACAGUCUUUUUGUCAUGCUAUUUGGAGGUCGGCGAAGGCAAAUGCGUCCACGAGAAAGAUGCACACACCUGAGAGUCGGUGUUGAAGGAGAUGCCACACAGCGCCCCGAAACUUUAAAGAAAUGCUCGCCGGCUCGCCCUUUG